AUGUUUAUUAAUAAUACUUAUUACUUGUAUUUUUUUACAGCUGCAGCUUGUAAACAAAGGUGGCAAGGGCUAAGGGAUGCAUACAGAAGAGCAUUAAAUAAGAAAAAGGGCAAAAGUGGACAGGCAGCUAAGGACAUUAAGAAAUGGAAGUACGAGGAAGAAAUGUCGUUUGUUGCUUUGUUUUUUGCUGAAAAAAAACCUUUAGAGUCCGUCGAGCUGACAAGCGACGAUGAAGAGUCUCAGAACAAAGAUGCAGAAACUGAAGUUCAGAACCCUAACUCAAUCAAUGAGAUUAACAAUACUGAUGCUGUGGAUGUGACUGCUCCUCACGAUAUUGAAAUUCGAAACGAAGAUAACACUAUUAUCCGCAAUAAAUCCACACAACCAAAAUCACAACACAGUCAAGCAAAAAAGGCAAAGGGAAUAAAAAGCUCUAAAAACCUACCGUUAUCAGCAUCCGCUGAUAAUGGUAGGUUUUUAGAGCGUGUUGACGUCUAG